AGCAGUAUUAACUCCAUGCUUUCAUCUAGCCAAAGCAAUAGAAAGUUGUGCACACUCUCCAUUGCUUCUGAAAACCAACCAUUAUUGAAAAACAUAGCCUUGUGGUGGAAAAGGUUCAUGUUAAGAACCAUAGGCUGUAAUUAGACUUGUAUGUUUGUGCCCAUGGCAUUUAGAAAGAGUUAUGAGAAUGAAGGAUUAUUUUGUGUCAUAGCUUUUUGCUUAUCUAGCUUGAUUUCACGGCACUUGUCAAGGUCAUUUAUACAACUUCCCUGAGUAUGCUGAAAAAGACUUGCUCAGGGUAUGUAGUUUCUUUCAAGUGUUCCCUUCAAGUGGUUUUAUCUUAUUCUGGUGCUUUGUUUGCUUGAAAUGGUUUGAACGGCAUGGUGGCAUGCCAUUUGUCAUUUGGUCAUGUCAUUUUGGGAAUGACAUGAUCGCUGGGCUGAGCUCCGAAAAUGAGACUGGAAUUUGACUUGAAAAUUGGGAUGCAAAAGUGUUUGUGAGUCCAUUCUGUCUAUGGAACAUCACAUAUCUGAUGAAAGCUAUCUGAAGUAACUAUUGGGAUGUGGCAGCAUUCCCAGAGGAAAAAAAUACCUUCAUCAGUUUUGACCGCUCCAUGGCUUUGUAGACUAGACCAAUAAAAGCUUCAGGAAAAAUUGCCUGUUUUGUUUCUUGCCCAUGAGAAAUAGCCCUUAAGCUGAUUAAACUAUGUUAAAGCUCACAUCUUGCUCUCUAAUUCAGAUAAUGGCAAUGUGUAUGUUUGGGCAACCUGUGCUUUGGCCAAAUCAAGGAACAAUGUUAUCUGAGCCUUGCUUUUGUCUUUUGUCUUUUUCCCUGGCCUAGGCAGCAUAAAACAUGUGGGGCUGUAAGUAGUUCUCCCAGGUUUGAUCUGGUCCCAGCAAUGGCAGAUCCAACUGCCACCUAUGUCUUCCCUGCCCUCGACUUGGAGCCACCAAUGCAGCAGCAGCAGCAGCAGCAGCCACGAUCCGCAGAGCAGUCAACCUCGUCAGAGGAGAAGCAGUCGCGGUCCAGCGAGCACGGGAGUUUGAAUGGCACUGACCUGGCCACACGCGGCAGCGGCAGCAAGCCGCCCACCAUCAGCGACGACAUCGGCGACCAGGACGUGUUCCUGGCGGAGCCUCUGGAACUGCAGUCUCCGGAGCCGACCGGCAGAUGCCACCGCUGCAGCCGACCGCUCCUGCGCUCCACCUACAAGCCGCUGCCGGCGGCUCCGGUGUGGCGGCGCCUGCUGUACGGCUGCACGUGCCCGCCCUGGGGCCGGCUGGAGCAGCUGCUGGUGGCCGUGCUGGUGACGCUGGCCCUCUGGGCGCUGGCCGUGUCCCUCGCCGACAAGGAGGCGCUGCCAGGCGGACAGAUAUUCGGCGUGCUGUGUGUGGUGGUGCUGAGCCUGGCGGCCGGCUGGCUGGUGGAGCGACUGCGCCUGCCGCCGCUGCUGGGCAUGCUCAUCAUGGGCAUCGUCCUGGCCAACGUGCCCGGCCUCAGCGGCGUCGCCACGGCCGUCAAGGAGUCGACCUCCUCGCUGCUGAGGAACGUGGCGCUGAUGGUGAUCCUGACACGGGCCGGGCUGGGCCUGGACGCCGGUGCGCUGCGCCGGCUCAGUCUGGUGGUGGUGCGGCUGGCCUUCACGCCCUGUCUGAGCGAGACGCUGACCGUCGGCAUCGCCGCCCACCUCCUGCUCGGCAUGCCCUGGAUCUGGUCCUUCAUGCUCGGGUUCGUGCUGGCGGCCGUCUCCCCGGCCGUGGUGGUGCCCUGUCUGCUGGCGCUCCAGGAGCAGGGCUACGGUGUGGCGAAGGGCGUGCCCACACUCGUCAUGGCCGCUGCCAGCAUCGAUGACGUGCUCGCCAUCUCCGGCUUCGGCGUCCUCUUUGGCAUCUGCUUCUCGCAGGGCGCGCUGACGGACAAGCUGCUGUCGGGUCCGCUGGAGGUGCUGCUGGGCCUCAGCUACGGCGUCAGCCUGGGCGUGCUGCUCUGGUUCCUGCCGGGCGCCGACAACCGGCAGCUGCCGCUGCUGCGGCUCGUGCUCAUCACCUGCCUCGGCCUGUUGGCGCUCUUCGGCAGUCAGGCGGUGGGUUGUUCCGGAGCCGGCGCCCUGGGGGCGUUGACGCUGUCGUUCGUGGCUGGCCACGGCUGGAGACAGCGGGGCUGGACCGGUGACACGAACCCGGUGAGCGAGGCGUACGGCAUCCUGUGGUUCGUCUUCCAGCCGAUCCUGUUCGGCCUGAUCGGAGCUGAGAUCCGCGUCGACGCACUCAAGGCGGACACGGUCGGCUUCGGCCUGCUCACUCUCGCCAUCGGCCUGACGGUGCGGAUAAUCGUCAGCUUUUUCGUGGUGAUGGGCGGAGGGCUGACGGUCAAGGAGCGGCUGUUCGUGGCCGUGGCCUGGCUGCCCAAGGCCACAGUUCAGGCGGCCAUCGGACCGGUGGCGCUGGACUACGCCCGGCUGCACGCGCCCACGCCCGAGAACAUCGCGCUUGGUGAACAGGUGGUGGCGAUCGCGGUGCUGGUGAUCCUGGUGACGGCGCCCAUCGGUGCGGCGGCCAUCAUGCUCUCCGCGCCCCGCCUGCUCGUGCGCGGCUCGCAGGUCGCGCCCGGGUCACAGGACCAGACCAAGGGCAAGGUCGCCAACGGAGACAACACCGCCUGAGGCGAUUGGCUGUGUCGAGGUCGCGCGCGUCCGUGGGACGGCCCGUUGUUUGAGGAGCCGCGCUCCCGAGAGGACGGCCCGGGCCGGUGGGGGACCGGACCACGUCGUUGUUGGCACGUUGUUGCUGUUGAGGCUGGACCCGGUGCAAUGCAGACUCGGUGUCGUCUGGUGUUCGUUGUGCGCGGCCAGUACCGCGGGAUUGUUCCUUGGCGGGCGUUGGGGGGAGGGGAGAGACUCUACUUAAUGUUUGUUAGCCUGUCGACUGUUCUGCGACAGUUUUAAAUAUACGGGAGACGCCAUGA